GCUGGAUGGGAACCACAGAGGGAGGGAGGGAUACAGGAGACUGAUAAAGAAACGCAGUGAGAGCAGCAGAUAGUGUACGGCUACAAACGAAGAAGCAGCUCUGGAUUUAAAUGCUCCAUCCUCAAGAUCUGGAAUAAUAACUGCAGCAAGCGACAUAAGGACACAGCAAUAGGUGGGGAGAAUUGCAAAAAAAAAAAAAAGAAAGAUGGAUGUACAAACAGAAAACACAGAUCCGCCGCCGAAUGAAUCGCAGCCAACUGGGAAAAUCAGAAAAGGAUUCAAGCUGUUUGGAAAACGUAAGCCAGGUAACAUAUUUUCCAUAAGAAGCAAAGGGGAUGGGAACAACAAGUCACCUGUUAUCAGGAGUAAAACCUCCGAGGGAUUAUCGGAGACUCCCGCGCAGGAUUCAGAGCAGGAGCAAGAUAAUAAGGAUGGACAAGGGGGGAAACAAGAAGAUGGGGAGCAGCCAGAGGACGAAACGCUCGGGGAAGAUGGCGUUCUGGCUACUGCCCCUGCUCGCACCUCCAUCUCUUCAACCAGCUCGGCCAAGUCCCUCAGCUUCCUCUCACGGCUGAGGGGUGGAAGAAGGGGAGUGGGAGACCGCAAAGUCCAAACAGUGUCCCAGCCAGUGGCUCGGCAACGUCGUGGGCUGAAGGGCCUCUUCAGCAACGUCAAGCUCCGAUCAAAGGAUAAGGAGGACAAAGAGGAAGCCCCUCCGAGCCCGCUUCUCCAGUCAUCCCGCACUAACAGUGUGGAAAUCAUCAAAGAGGACCUGACACUCACACCCAGAUGCGAGCCUCGUACUGUGGACAGCCCCGAGGCCAAGAGCAGCCAGCCUGUCCCGAGCACCACGACUCAAAAAAGUUCAGCCGUGACCCCUUCAAAGACCCCGGCUCCCCAGGUGACUUCUGCGGAGAAUGUGAGUAACACAAACCAGCACGUGUCCCCUCUGCUCACUCCGGAACCCCCACUGGUCCCCGGCGACAACAGCCUGAGCUCACUGCUGGCAGAUAUCUCCUCUCUCCUGACCUUUGACUCAAUCUCAGGGGGCGGAGACAUCAUGGCUGACGUGGAAGCCGAGUGGGGUAAAGUUAGCAGUGUCUUCAGCGCUGAAGUUCCUCCAUCAUCUACAUCUCCUCUCUCCAAAUCUACCCUCUCCUCCUCUCCCACAACCUCCUCGUCAGUCAGCGCUGCUGCUACAGUCAAACCCCCUUCUGUGACUGCCUCUUCUUCAUCUUCAUCUUCCACUUUGACUUCUCACUCCGUCAAACUGAGUUUUGACUCUACGCCUGCCGGCCCGCAAGGUAAACAAACUCCUGCUCCCACUUCAACAAAACCCUCGACUGCUCCCUCCGCAUCCGUCGCAUCUUGCACUUCCAAGACAGUUCCACCCGCACUGAGCUCCAUCUCCACCACGACCGCACCUCCUGCUUAUGCAUCGGCCACUGGAGGCAAAGCUCCUUCGUUCAGUCCAAGUUUGACCUCCACAGCCGACAAAGUGGCUGCAGAGAUCGCGCAGGCUCCUCAGAAUGCUUCACCUGUAAGUAAACCUGACCCUGUGUCUAUUUCACCCGCUGUCUCAACUAAGCCUGCCCCCAUACCCCACAGCCCCCCCAUCACAGUCACCCAACCUCCCUCCGCUGGUAGUUUUAACGUGGAAAAGUCAACUUAUUUUAAACCCUCUCCAACUUCAUCUGUGGUUGAACCCAAAGUCCCCCUCGCAUUAUCGGCGACCUCUAUGGUCACGACCACAUCCUCAUCUUCUGCGCCGGUCAUUCCCUCAAAGAUCACGUCCGUCACCACGUUAACCUCAGCCUCCGGCUCAGCAUCGCUGGGCCUUUCCAAGCUCACCCUGACCCCUAACCAUUUGGACCUUAACAAAACCGUGUCUGAUCCCGGCGCUUAUUCCACCUUCACCGCUGCAAUUAAACCCCAACUCGGCUCCGCAUCUGUUCCGGCUCCGUCUUCAGCUUCAUUAGAUAAAAUUCCUCCCGCGACUAAACCCUCCACAACAUCAGUUUCUCUAGAUAAGAUUCCCCCAGCUCAGCCCGCAGCGACAGCUGCCCCCAGUCAUGUUGCUUCGACAUCAUCACUGACUCCAUCUGCUCGGGAUCAGAUGAAGGGUCCGCCUGCUGAUACACAAAGUCCUGCGUCAAAAGAACGCCCUGCUCCAACUCAGAUUGAAGUUUCUGAGUCUAAAGUCUGCCCUGCUCCUCUUAAACUCCCAGUUUCCGUAUCUAAGGAUCCAUCUGCUUUAGUCAAAGUACAAGACUCUUCAUCUAAAGUUCCUACGUCCCCCACUGAGAUCCCAGAGUCUGUAUCUAAAGAGCUGUCAGGUCAUGUGAAAGUGCAGGCCUCUUCAUCUAAAGUUCCUCCUUCCCCUGCUCAGAUCCCAGUUUUUGCAUCUAAAACCCCUCCUGCAACUGCCCAGACCACAUUUUCUCCCCCUGAUACCCCUGUGACACAAUCUGCAGACGCCCCCCGCCAUGGAUCCUUCCAGGUUUUCCCACCCAAAGCCACACCCGCCUCCCUUCCCCAGCCUAAAACUCCUGAACCCAAGGUUGCGUCUUGUCCUUCUCCCCCCGUGUCUUGGCAGAUCGAUGCAUCGUCCUCGGCUAAAAUUAAGAGUUCUGUGCAGGCGCCAGCGGACAGUCUGGAUGGAGCAGGUGGACAGAGGAGCCAAGGUGCGCCAUCAAAAGCAAACGAACCACAUCACGAGCUGCCCCCCAAAGAGAAGAAGACGCAACAAUCGAAAGCAACGGGUCUUAGUAAGAUACCCGUGGUCGGCGGAGGAAGAAUCGGCAGGCAGCCUGUCCGGGAAAGCCAGCACGACGACCCGAGCAAGGACCCCACUUCGCCAGUUCUGGAAGAGAAACCGCAUUUCAACUCGCAUAAUGCGGGGAGCAAAGAUAAAGUCAGCUCACCUGAGGCAAACGCUCCAACCUCAAAGCAUCUCCAGGAGGAGCAUCAGCAGCCUCAACAAGUCAAAGGUCUCACGAGUUCAGCGCGUGACUCAAAGAUCCCUCUGAAGCAUGGCGCCCCGUCCCACGCUGCAUCGCAGGUCUCUCAGGCUAAGGAGCCGCCUCGUACAAAGAUCCCCGUGUCCAAGGUGCCAGUCCGAAGAGCUGCUAAUAAACCUGGCUCUACAGGCGGCGGCACGCAGACAAGAAAGUAAAGGAAAGACAAAAAAACACUGGACAAAAGCAGUUAAUAAUGUAAACCAUGAUUUUUUUAAUCCGCAUUUCCAUGCUGUAACUCUCUCUCUCUUUACUUUAUCACGACAAGACAAAACAAAGAAAUGAGCCAAGCAGCAUUCAAGCACAAGAAAACAUCUCCACGGGGGGCUGGAGCAACAGUCCGGCUCUUUGGUGCUUAGCCAGUGGGACUCGCACUCAGGAAAGGUUCAAGGGUCACACCUGAACACACGGCUGAGGAUCAGCAUGAGAGAAGGACGUCUGGGGAUCACAACCACACAAACAGGGCGAGUGCCUUCUCAAGGGUGCUUUUCCUACAGACUCAGAUUUUCUUCAGGCUUUUUCUACACUGGUUUAACUUUUGUUACUCCCACUUUUUGUAGGAACCUUUCAGACUUCUUCUUUUUUUGUUUGUUUGUUUGUUUCUCCUUCCAGCUACCAGCCCCUUUGCCUUUUAAAGCAAAACCUAUGUCAGAUCAGCCUAAAAUGAAUGCAACAACGAGACUCACAUUCCACUCCUCUCUACGGAUCGAUGUAGCAGAAAACGUGCCAUUAUUUUUUGCACAAGAUAUUGGACUGUACAGCCCGCCUGCUCAUAUGUAACAUUUUAAGUUCUCACUGUUGUGGUUGGGAGCGGAAAUCCCUCCUUCCGGCGAAAUGGACUGAGGCCAUUAUGAAUGGCGAGGUGGACGUUUGAGGGAGAUGGCGGGAGUGGUGAGAUGAGAUCUCCAGCUCGUACGCUGGCACAUGUAACUCAAAUGAGAACGAUAUCUCGGUGUAGAGAAGCAUCCGUGUUAUUCUGUUUCUUAUUUAAUCAAUAAAACAACCUGAGAACUUA